GAACAUUCCGUUGCUGACAUUUUUUCUGGGGACCUGCAACCGACGGCGCGAUCACUCAGAUUCACCACAGGCCCCGGCGAAACGACAAUAGGAGGGCAUGCCGUAGUUGCAUUUAUCCAACAAGAGCAGCGGAUAACUAGGGGACACGACUGAGGGCCGAGCGCAUCCCGGACCAAGUCUACGACAGAAAAGGGAUCCUCGACGGACUUCGCGAGAAUCAAAGAUGGCGGUAGCAGCGCCGGUGAUGAGGAUGGCAUCCUCCAGCGCCUUCCUCCCAAGAAGCCUACCCACGACUCUGUUCUCGACAUCGAGGAUACAGAUAUAUGUCCAACAGUUCUCGCUACCCCUGUUCCCGUCUCUCGCCCUCGCCGUUCCUGUCGGCUUCCAGCUCGGCCUGCCGUCAUUACCAUCAAUUCUCGAAGGGAUAUGGGAGUCGAUCCUCAAGGCGGUACCCAAGAAGAAGACCUCACAUAUGAAGAAGAGACAUAGGCAGAUGGCGGGGAAGGCGUUGAAAGACGUGACAUCGUUGUGCAAAUGCCCUGCGUGCGGAGAGAUCAAGAGGAUGCACUUUCUAUGCCCGCACUGCGCAUCAAGACUGAGGGAGUUCAUGAACAAGGAGGCUCGGGCAAAGAAUGCUUGAAGCGUUGUGCUCACGUCGCUACGUUGCGGGUUCAUUUCAUUGGUAGAAGGGCACGCCCCAAGGGCCGAUAUAUAUGGCACCCCCUCAGCUCGAAACUGGGAGUGGGCUAUUCACAGGACCUGAUGUAUAUAUACUGUAACAUUAACAGCGCCAAUGCCAAUGUUGCUGUAAGGUGUUGUUGGCUCCCGCCCUGGAAUGAGUAAGCAGCUAGUUUAAGCAAAAGGAAGCGGCUUGGAAAGCAUUGAAAUGACGCCCGGUUAUGUACGGACAGAUAAUUCGUAUUUGAAAUUCAGAUUGGAAUC